GCUAGCAAGGUAUCAGAUGCAUACACAACAAUAAAAUCACUGGAAGAUGCAUUAGCAAAUGCAGAGAAUGACAUUGCGGUGCUUGUCAAUGAAAAGAGAAAUACUGAACAGGAAAUAGCAACACUUAAUGCAAAGUUAAGUUCCUCAGUGGAAGAAUUGGCUGGAACUCGUGGAGCCUCAAAAGGGCAGUCUUUGGAGCUACUAGAGCACCCCAAUCAUCUGGAAAUGUUAAUGAAAGAUAGCGGGCUUCUCUUUUUAUUAACACGAGGCUUUAAGAAAAAACUUGAGAGCCUAAGAGAUAUGCACCUCCUUCUAGAAGGAAUACGGGAUCGGUUCGUUGACGAAGGCUCGGGACUAUUGCCUGCUCGAGCUGGCACAGAGAUAUCAUAGAAGGUUUCAAUAUGAAGAACAAAUUGAUAAUAGAUAGUUUUGUAGGGUUUUCUGGUUCUAUGGAUGAGUAUGUUGCAGUCCUCACCGAAGCAUUGCAGCAAACAAUAGAUGGAGUUGUUGUAACGCUUGAGACUAUGGAAUCUUUGAAGCAGCAGGUGAAAAACGUAGAAAUUCACAACCGUGAGCAAGAGAGCAUGAUACAUAAGUUGCAGAAUGAUGUGACUAUGAUGCUUUCUGCAUGCAAGGAUAUUGUUGAUGAGCUGAGUUUUGAAGAUGAAAAUUUGAACUCUAGCUUGUUCUCAAGUGAAAGAAAAGCUAGUGGUGAUGCAGUGGAAGAGCAACGGGGCUUACUUGGCACUGAAGGUGUUAAAGCGGUAGAGAACGUUCUAAGUGCUGUUAAAAAAUUUCAAAGUCAAAAUAAACAGUUGGAGAGCUUAAAUAGUGCAUGAGAGGUGACCAUUAAAGA